CCAGUAACACACACACUCUCUCUCUACUAUUACGCCGCCUCUCUCUUAGGAUUCUUGCUCUUUUUUUUUUUUUGAUAGGCUAGGAUUCUUGCUUUUCAAACAUCUUCGUCAGUCUGUACUUCAUCUAUACACGUGGACUACAUGUUCCGAUCCAUUUGUCAUCGCCUGCAUUUCCGCAUGUGAGAAGAAUGGACCGCCUAUGCCAAUCCUUCAAGAAUCUGCACAGAACAACACAACCAAAGACGACCAUGCUCGUCGUCCUUGUUACCCUAAUUGCAGCACUACUGCUCGUUGCUUCUCCUCUGCUCAGGCCUUACCACUCUUCUUCUACCCACCGCCAUGCAAGAAAUCCCUCUUUGGUUUCGCCACCACAUUUGAUCAUCAAGAAUGCAUGCACAAACACUUUGUACCCUUCUUUGUGCUUCACCACCCUCCUCUCUCCGCCACCCCCUUCCGAGAAUGUCACUACUAGCCUCCAUUACAUUCUUGAACUCACAAUUAAUCGAACCAUCAAAAAAGUCGCCACCACAAUGUUAAGUGUAGUGGGUCUCUUCACCGGCCAAGAUUUGAAUUCUCAGGAAAAGAAUGCCCUGAAUGACUGCACAGACAUGCUGGAACAAACCCUUUAUGAACUUAGACAAGCCAUCAAUGACUUGCAUAAAUUCCCCUCCUCGAGAGGCUCCCGUCAUCGAUUGUAUGGUAACAUCAAAACCCUACUCAGUGCAGCUAUGACAAAUGAGAAUACGUGCAUUGAUGGAUUCGCUGACUUGGAAGAAUGUAAUUUCAAGGGUCGAAAGGAUCUCAAAGAGUACCUUCAAGGCCUAUUGACUCCUAUCUCUCACAUGAUCAGCAACUGCUUGGCCAUGAUCAAGUACAUGGAGACCAUUAACCGCAAAGUAACCGUCAUCAAGAAUAGACCAAGAUUGAACAACAUGCCAGAAGAUGAUUUCCAAAAUUCAUGGACUAUGAAAAGUAGUGAUAGGAAAAUGAGGGAAAUAACACAUGAACGGAGGCCAAAUGUUGUUGUUGCCAAGGAUGGCAGUGGAAAACACCACACUAUUCAGGAGGCAGUCAGGAUGGCCCCAAACAGGAGCUCACACAGGUUUGUGAUAAGGAUAAAGGCAGGAACGUACCGGGAAAAUGUUGUAAUUCCAAGGGAAAAGGUUAAUAUUGUCUUUGUUGGAGAAGGAAUGAACUCAACAGUGAUUACAGGUUCUAAGAACUUUGUUGACGGGUUUUCCACCUUCACUUCGGCUACCUUCACUGUGGUUGGAGACAAAUUCAUAGCUAGGGACCUGACAAUCAAGAACACAGCUGGCCCACAGAAGCACCAGGCAGUUGCUCUACGGGUGAAUUCCAAUGCUGCUUUCUACCGGUGCAAAAUCACUUCAUAUCAGGACACCCUUUACGCUCAUUCUCUCCGUCAGUUCUAUCGUGAAUGCACAAUCCAAGGCACUGUUGAUUUCAUCUUUGGAAAUGCAGCAGCCGUAUUUCAAAACUGCAUUAUUCUGGUUCGCAAACCAAACCCUGGUCAAAACAACAUGAUCACUGCUCAAGGGAGACAAGACCCAAACCAGGACACCGGCAUAUCGCUGCACAACUGCACCAUAGUCGCUGCACCAGACUUCACGGAGGCUGAGAGGGCCAACUUCUCAACCUUCUUGGGUAGACCAUGGAGGAACCAUUCCAGGACUAUCGUCAUGGAGAGCUAUCUGGGGGAUCUGAUACACCCACAAGGUUGGCACAGGUGGAAUAAGUACAGUACUUUAGACACGGUGGAGUACAUUGAAUACAUGAAUUAUGGACCAGGAUCAAACACGAGCGGAAGGGUCAACUGGGCAGGGUAUAGAAGGAAUUGCAGUGAACGUGUGGCAAGGCAAUUUAUGGUGGCUUCUUUUUUACAUGGAGCAGACAGCUGGCUGGAAUCCACGGGUUUUCCUCUCUCAGAUGCUCCACAAAACAAAACAGGUUCACAUGAACUCUCCAGCUUGUCCUCUCCAGCAAAAAAUACAAAACCACCAAGAAAAAGAACCACUAUGUACACUGGUGUAGGAAAAACUUGA